AUGUCACAAGCAAUAAAAUCAAAGAGAUGGACUACGGACGAAAUCAUUGAAAUUCUCUCGUAUAUCAAUGAUCACUUCAAAAAUUCAUCUGUUUCGUUAGCAAAGGCAUGCGAUGAAGCAACGGAACAUCUUCAUAUAGAAAGAACUCGUAAGAGCGUUUAUUUAAAGAUUAGGAAACUAAUCCAAACCGUGAAGGUAUGGUUGAGUGACCACAUAAAGAAUGACGAUGCGAUCAUUUGGCAAGAUGAUCGAGUUUAUAAAUUGUUGGAAACCAUUUGUAAGAGAUCGAUGAAGGAUGAAGCAACUUUUGGAGAAAAAGAAAAGUUACAACAGGAACAAAUUUUUAAAGAAAACAAUAAGAUUGAAGACAGCGUAAUUAUCAAAAGCGAGGAACAUUCUAGUGAUCUGACAGAUUCGACAAUAACUGGAGAUUAUGUCGAUCCUGUUGGAAUAUACAUGAUGAACGAAGCAAAUUCGUCUCUUUUUCAAUUGUCAUUAAAGAUCAUUAAUGAUAGAAUCCGUGAAGUUGAAGAUGACGCAAGGAAAGUCUACGGUUCUGCAAGUGAUGCACGGGAUGUGAAGUGUCAUGAAAUUCUUCAAGUGAUCAAGCAAACGCACGAGUAUCGAGAUGAAAUGUAUCAAUUGUUUGCGGAAGUUGAAAAAAAGCCAAAGAUACAAGAAUUCAUGUGGCAAUUGCAGAAUUGUUAUUCGCUUUAG